AUGGCUUCGACAAACGGCAUUGACCCUCGCUGGCUUGAUGCCAACGGGGACGAGCCUAUUGCCAUCAUUGGAACAGCCUGCCGGUUCUCAGGUACUGCUACCAAUGAAGACGGUCUAUGGCAGCUGCUGUCAAGCGGCAGGACCAGCUGGGCCAGCAAUGCCAGAAACCGAUUCAAGAUGGAGUCGUUUUGGCACCCUCAGGCUCACCUCGCCGGUUCGACCAACGCUAGAGGCGUUCAUCUUCUCCAACAAGACCCUGCUGUCUUCGACAGUGACUUCUUUGGCAUCAGCGGUGUUGAAGCCAAAGCCGUGGAUCCCCAGCAGAGACUUAUGCUCGAGGUGGCUUACGAGACCUUUGAGAAUGCCGGCAUUCCCAUAGAACAAUUGGAAGGCUCCAAUACUGGCGUUUUCUGUGCCGUAUCCUAUACUGAUUACGACCAAAUUCUUGGUCGGGAUCAAGAGACAUCACCAAUGUACCGUUUCACGGGAACAGGACCCUCUCUCACAUCUGCCCGUGUGUCGUAUGCUUUUGACUUGCACGGGCCAAGCAAGUCUGUCGACACGGCUUGCUCUAGUGCCUCGGUGGCUUUACACGACGCCAUCCUGGCCCUGCGAGCUGGUGAUGCUGACCAGAUCCUGGUGGGGGGCUGCAAUCUGAUUCUAGACCCUGACAAAAUGUCCAUCAUUUCAUCCAUGUCCUUCCUCUCCCCUGACGGGCGAUGCUAUUCUUUCGACGAUCGCGCCAGCGGGUACGCCCGAGGCGAAGGCGUUGUUGGCAUGCUCCUCAAGCCCCUUAGCGCAGCCCUCCGGGAUGGCGAUCCCAUUCGAUCAGUGAUCCGAGGCAGUGCAGUUGUGUCCGAUGGUAAAACCCCGGGCAUCACAAUGCCAUCGCCUGACAGCCAAUAUGCAGCUAUUCAGCGCGCGUACUCGGUAGCUGGGCUUGACCCCAAAGAGACCGUUUAUGUGGAAGCACACGGCACCGGUACGAACGCGGGAGACAAUGUCGAAGUCACCGCGUUUAACAAAGCGUUUUGCUCAGACAGGUCUGGCAAGCUCAUUAUCGGCAGUGCCAAGUCCAACUUGGGACACACCGAAUGCGUGUCAGGCUUGACUGGCUUAUACAAGGUUCUGUUGAUGCUUGAGAAGGGCGCUAUUGUCCCGACUCCCACUUUUCAGAAUGCCAACCCUCGGCUGCAAUUGGAGGCGAGAGGGCUAGAGGUUGCAUCCAAGCUCCAAGAGUGGCCAGAGGGAACAAUCCGCCGAGCAUCCGUGAACGGAUCCGGAUACGGUGGCACCGACACCCAUGUCAUUCUUGAAGCCUGGUCACCGCCAGCCAAGGCGAUUAACUCAACAUCACAGCUUGAGUUGAGAGGACCUCGUGGUGCGGCUGUCGGUGAGACCCCCUAUGCCAGCCCAAAGGUUUUUGUGUUUAGCCACCAGCGAGAAGAUGGCUUCUCCAAGUUGGCUGAUUCAUGGAAGAAAUUCAUCAUGGAGGCCAAGGCAAACCACAAAGAGCUGUCCCUAGACGACUUAGCCUAUACGCUGUCGUCUAGGCGAACCCGAUUUGCACAGAGAGCUUCAUUCAUUGCCUCUAAUGUUGACCAGCUCCUGGACGGCAUCAAGAAGAUUGAGCUUGGGUCAAUUCGACCUGUUAAAGCACUUAGCGAUUCGCGAACGUGCUUCAUCUUCACUGGCCAGGGAGCGCAGUGGGCUCAGAUGGGCUUGGAACUCUUCUCCGCCUAUCCUCUCUUUUCCGAGUCGAUGCGUACCUCUGAGAGGGAGCUCAUUCGACUGGGCGCAACCUGGCGCUUGAUCGAUGAGUUGAAGAAGCCCAAAGAGGAGUCCCGUAUCAACGAUGCCGAGUUGGCUCAGCCAUGCUGUACCGCAAUUCAGGUCGCAUUCGUAGACCUCCUUGCCUCGUGGGGCGUGCAUCCCGACGUGGUGUGUGGCCAUUCAAGUGGUGAGAUUGCGGCGGCAUACGCUGGUGGAAGCUUGACUGCAUCAGAAGCUAUCAAGGUGGCUUAUCACAGAGGCAAGUCCGUUUACUACCUCAUGCUGAAGAAGGGCACGAGGCAGGGAGGCAUGCUUGCUGCAGGUCUGUCGGAGACCGACGCGCUCAAGUAUACCUCCAAGUACAGCGAGCAAGCAGUCAACGUCGCAUGCAUCAACAGUCCCUCCAGCGUCACGAUAUCAGGUGACGUGUCGGCUAUUGAGGAGAUUUCUACCAAACUGGAGGAAGACGGCGUCUUCAACCGACGGCUGGCUGUCCCAGUGGCCUACCACUCUUUCCACAUGGCUGCCAUUGGAGAGUCGUACGGCGCAGCACUGGAAAACCUCCAACCUCGCCAAUUCAAGCCAAGUGUGCGCAUGAUAUCCUCCGUCACUUGUGAAGAGGUUGACGGCCGAGAGCUGGAUGGCGACUACUGGGUUCGCAACCUGCUGCGUCCCGUCCGCUUCGCGCCAGCCUUGGCCAAGCUCCUCAGCCUCCCCGUGAAGGGCAGUACAUCGUCUGCAUUGCCGCCAACUGUCCUGGUUGAGCUUGGCCCUCACCCGGCACUGCAGGGACCUGCUACUCAGACGGCAAAGACCGUCGGAGGGCUCCCUCCCGUGAACUACUUCUCCUGCCUGAAGAGAAAGGAGGAUGCAGUACAGAGCGUGCUCACGCUUGCGGGUGGCCUGUUCAACUAUGGCCUCCCCAUUACGCUGACGGGUGCCAACAAUCCUCUGGGUGCUCCCACCAAGGUGUUGAGCAACCUGCCGUCGUAUAACUGGAACCACGGCAAGACGCACUGGAACGAGUCCCGGCGCAGCCAGGCGUACCGCCUGCGAAAGUUCCCCCGCCAUGAUCUUCUUGGAUCUGCAGCUGCUGAUAGCAUCAGUGCUGAGCCGUCUUGGAGGAUGUUCGUUCGGCUUUCCGAAAUCCCGUGGGUCAGAGAUCAUUGCAUCGACGGCCAGAUUGUCUUCUCUGCGGCUGGCUUCCUGACCAUGAUUGUGGAAGCCGUAAAACGCCAGUCCGUUGUAGCUCAGCGGCCUUGGAAGAGAAAGGUGAUUGAGUUCAAGCAAGUCGUCAUUGACAGGCCUCUCCUUGUCCAGGAGGACGCCUUUGGUGCCGAGGUUUUCAUUCUUCUCCGACCUUACUCGGUGACAGCUCGUGAUGCGAGCUCGAAGUGGCAGGAGUUCCGAAUCUACAGUGUCUCUCAGAACAACGAAUCUACAGAGCACUGUCGGGGCUUGAUCGGUCUGUCGGAGAACAAGGGCAAGUUGGGAAGCCCCUCGGAAUUUGCAGCAGGUGGUGCUUGGGCGCAGCUUGAAUCUAAGCAGUUAUACAAGAUCCUCAGCAGCUCCGGCAAUGGUUAUUCGGGCUGCUUUGCCAACCUUGAUAAAGUCUCAGCCCGGGCCUGGGAGUCCAACUGCGAGCUGACUGUUCCUGAUGUCAAAGCUACAAUGCCCGCGGGCCACCAAGAGCCGCACCACAUCCAUCCCACAACACUCGAAGGCUGUUUGCUGGCAUGCCUUCCUGGUGUGAGGCUUGGCCAGGGCUUGGACGGCCCUCAGGUCGUCGCCUCUAUUGAUGAGCUCUGCAUCUCGACGGAUAUUGAACUUCAACCAGGGCACAAGCUUUCACUUACGGCCAAGUCAAGUCCACAUGGAUUGAGACAGCACAUUUCGGACAUUUUUGCAACGGAUAGUGCAAAGAAUGUCGUCGUUCGAGUUGGUGGAAUCAAGUUCUCGUCACUGGGAAGCUACCAAGAUGAGGCAAAUGUUGUUGAUGAUCCUCUGUGUCAUCAGGUCGAGUGGCUCAUGGAUCCCUUUUCUUCGUCCAGUGAAACACUGGCCGCUUACUGCCAGAGAACACUGGAUCCCAAUGCUGGGCAACCAAGAGAGACUUACAACUCAAUCUCUCAGGCUGCCGGAGAUGAGUGCUUCAAGAGAUGCUACGCACAGCUUGCCGAGUAUCUCAAGCUGGUGCAGUACAAGGUGCCCAACCUGCGUGUCCUGGAAGUCGGCGGCGGAUCUGGCGCCUUGAGCUCUGUGCUCCUUGAGGCCCUUUACGGAGACAAGCGAGACUAUGCUACUACCAAGGGCUCCUAUGUCUUCACUGAUGUCUCCGACGUGUCCAUUGCCGGGGCCCAAGAGGCGCUGAAGGCGUUUGAAGGCGUCGUGGAGUACAAGACCCUCGAUGUAGAGCAAUCUCCGGCUCAGCAGGGCUUUGAGCUCAACUCCUUUGAUGUCAUUGUUGCAUCAAAUGCCCUCCAUGCCACGCAAAGCCCCGAGCACAACCUUGGCAAUCUGAAGAGCCUCCUGAAGGCCGGUGGCCAGAUUGCCUUUGCAGAAGUCGUUGCGCCAUCUCAGCGAUGGGGCCUCGACGGGACCUCCCAAAACUCUCUUUUGUCCACGCCAGCAUGGGAAGACGUCCUCGUCAAGAGCGGCUUUUCUGGCGUGUCACUCGAGUUGAAGGACUUUGCAUCUGACGAGGAGCACAAAGUAAGCCUGCUCAUCUCCAAUGUUGCCAGCUCCGGAGCGAAUGCGGACAUUGGAAGCAUCUCCAUCUUUACCGGACGACAGGGCGGUUUGGCGGAGGAGUUGCGCAGUGGCCUGGCGACUCAAUAUCCUGGCACCGUGGUGUCCACCGUUCCGCUUGCCAAAGAAGCGGCAUCUCCUGGUGCCUACAUCUUCCUUUCGGAUGUUUCUGAGGACUUCUUAUCAGAGAAAGACUGGGAGAACGUCCGAGACAUCCUCAGCAGCGCCACGGCUGUGCUGUGGGUGACGAAAGGAGCCUCCUUGCCCCAUCGCGCACUCGUUACUGGAUUGGCGCGCAGCCUGCGUUCGUCCAGAGCCGACCUGAAGUUCUUCACUUUGGAGAUAGACGCGAACUCAGAGGAGGCUGCUGGCAUUUUGCAGGUAUAUGAGAAGUAUCUGAGCCCAAGUGCUUCUCCCUACUCUGCGUCCGAGUGGGAGCUUGCCAUCUCCGACGGAAGCAUCGUGAUACCGCGCUUGUUGGAGAACAAGGUGGUCAACCACCAGGUGCAGGACACUACCUCAAAGUAUCACCCGCGAGAUGAAGCUUAUACCGACCUUGACCGAUCACUGGGUCUCCGAAUCAACUCCGUUGGAGUGCUGGACUCGCUGUACUGGGCGGAUGAUGAGGUCCAUGCUCAACCUCCCAGCGCAUCGCAGGUCAAGGUUCGACUGGAAAGCUUUGCGCUCAACUUCAAGGACAUGCAGACUAUCACUGGCCAGCUGGAAGGCAACUCUUCUCUCCUCCUUGAGGGAAGUGGCACAGUCGUUGAGGUCGGCGAUGCUUCCCAGUCAAGCCUAUCCGUGGGCGACCGGGUUAGCUUCUUUGCCCCUGAUGGACUGGCUACCGUCAGCAACGUGGAUGUUCGCCACGCUGUCAAGGUUCCGGGAGACAUUAACAGUGACAUUGCUGCUGCGGUUCCGCUGGCCUACUCGACUGCUCUUUAUGCUCUCCGAGACAUUGCCAGGCUUCAGCGAGGCGACAGCAUCCUGAUCCACUCCGGAGCUGGAGCAGUCGGCCAGGCCGCAAUUGCGCUUGCAAAGGCCUUCGGCGUUGAAGACAUCUUUGUCUCCGCUGGAAGCCAAGAAAGGGCAGAGUUCAUCAGCAGCACGUUUGGCGUCCCAGCUGGCCGAAUUGUAUCCAGCCGAGACCUGGAUUUGGGUCAUCGUAUUCUUGAGUUGACGGAUGGCCGAGGCGUCGAUGUCGUUGUCGGUUCUCUCUCUGGAGAUGCCUUCUCAGAGAGCUGUAGCGCCGUUGCUCCCUUUGGCCGAAUCGUUCAGCUUUGCGAGCGAGAUGUCGCCAACAAUGGACGACUUGACAUGAAAGCUCUCCAGAGAAAUGUUUCUCUUUCUGUCGUGAACAUGGGCUUCCUCGCACGAGAGAGGCCCCUCGUGUUCCACGAGCUGCUGGAAACUUCCUUCAGCAUGCUCCAGAAGGGGACGUUGGCUGUGAUUGGCCCGAUUGUGUCGUCUCAUGCUUCCAAGGUUGCAGAGCAGCUUCGCUUGAUCCAGGCGGGCGAUUUCAUUGGCAAGUCGGUGUUCCAGCUUGACGCCAGUCUGCCAUUGAAGAUUCAACCCCAAAAGCCGAAGCCUGCGGCCCUGCGAGAGAACAGCUCUUACCUUGUCGUCGGUAAUGCUGGAAAGCUGGAUGCAGCAGUCGCCAAGUACUUGGCCAAGCUGGGAGCUCGCCGCUUGAUCUCGUGUCAGGGCUCUGGCAUUGAGGCGGUCUCGGACGAGAUCAAAGGCCUUGGUGCUGACGUUGUCUUGAUCCCCGGCAUCACUUCCAGCCAGCUGUUUGUCGAUCAGAUCCGAGAAGCAAGCGCGGAUGCCCCCAUUCGGGGCAUCAUUCUCGGCGAUUCCGAAGUUUCUGACGCGGACAUCAAAGCUGUGUCAUACUCUCAGUGGUCGACUGCCGUUGCGCUCGCCACCACAGGCAUCACCAGCCUCCAGGAGGCCUUUGGCUCCAACCUUGACUUCUUCAUCCUGCUGAACCGCACCUCUGCUUUCGUGGGUGGCCCUGAGCAAAGCAUCGCCAGUGCCAUUGGCGCAUUCCGGGAUAGCUUCGCCCAGGCCCAGGCCAGCCAGGGCUUCCCCGUCGAGGCGAUCGCCCUCGGCGCCGUGCAGAAGGAAAGCUUCGGAGAUGACACCGAAGACCUGCUCCCUCCCUCCGACGUCCGACCGCAGACGGUGGAGGAAGUCCUCGCCGUGAUCAACUACGCCAUCCAGAGCCCCUCCUCCUCCAAGAGCCAAAUCAUCUGCGGCGCCAGCCAAUUCGCCCCCAAUCCCGCCUCCCCGUCGCAGCAACAACGCCCAGACGCCCGCUUCGCACACGUCUGGUCCCGCGUCGCCCCGCGGGCCUCCUCCAAGGGCGGCGACGACGCCGCCUUCGACGUGCAAGCCGCGCUGCGCAGCGCCGCCACCGGCGAGGCCGCCAUCGAGGCCGUCUUCAUGGGCCUGAAGCAGAAGCUCGCCAAGCUGCUGGCCGUGCCGACGACGGAGAUCCAGCCGGACCGCGCGGUGUCGAGCUACGGCGUCGACUCGCUCGUCUCGGUCGAGCUGCGCAACUGGAUCACGGGCUACCUGGGCGGGCACGUGCAGAUGCUGGAGCUGAUGAGCUCGAUGGCCAUGGUGCAGCUGUCGGAGGUGAUUGCCAAGAGGUCCCGGCUGGUGCCUGCGAGUGUCUUUGGGGGUGCGGAGGAGAAGAAGUAA